AACCAAAGUUCUGAAGUUAAUCCAUCAAUGGCGGCUUAUACACCUCGCAGAUCAAGCGGACCGGUACUCCGGUCCACCGCUCUUGGCGGCGGAUUCAACCGACACGCCGCCACUCCGUCGUCGUCCUCCCCCUGUUUCGCCUCCGCCACCUCCUCCGCCUUUACUACGGCGGCGCAAACACUACGGAGGCCCAGUGUAAACCUCCCCAAGUAUACUUCUCCAUCACUCAGCCUCAGCUUCGACAGACCCGGUUCACCAAACCGGUCUAAUUCCGUGUCUACCAGGGCGGAGAAGCCGCCUCCGGCGGCGGCGGCGGCCGCCGCCGCCCGGAGGAGGACGUGCAUGUGCUCGCCGACGAACCACCCCGGUUCGUUCAGGUGCAGCUUACACAAAGGCGGACUCGCCGGAAGCGGAGUGGUUUCGGGCGGCGGCCCGGCCCGAACGGUGUCGUGUGGGAGCUCGAGCGGGCUGAACAUGAGGCGGUCGGCGAUGAAGAAUUCUCUGGUCCGGAUUGGUACGGUGGAAGGUGAGUUGGAGAAGAGGGCUUUGGCGGCGCUGAUUCGGCCGUCGUCUCAUCAGCAGCGCCGCCGUGGUGAGUUCCGGCCGCGGCCCAGCCGACUCUCCGUCAUGUCUCGGUCUCUAGAUUCUUAGGGACUCUAAUAGCGAUAGGAAACUGGAAUUAGAAUAGAAUUAGGAAUAGAAUAGAAUACUUUGACUUUAAUUAUUUUUAAUUUAGUAACUUAAUUAAAGUUUCAUAAUUAA